AUGAGAUAUGUAACACAGAUCGAUCGCCAAUUUUUGGCUAAAUGCUAUUGUACAAAAAACGCUGUCGUCACUAAGAAACUCGAUAUUAGAAGCAGCAAUGGACUAAACAAAACAAGCCGCAAGCACAAACCGGACAAAUCGGAGCCACGUUUCUGCGGCGUCUCGUCCCAAACCACCGCAUCCUUGCCUCCGAUCAAGGGAAAACUGAACGCCGGCGUCAACGGCGCCGAACUCCCGGCCACGAAGGGUGAAAACCCGGUGGAGCUGGAGGCGCCGCCACCGUCCUCGUCUUCCUCCACGCCGUCUGCCGAGCUCUCCGACUCGCUGACGUCGGCGCUCAGGCUGUAA